AAACUGCCCCGUCGUGUAGGUCGUGAUCUAUGCCUUUUCGCGCGUUUGGAAUUGCCUGACAUUUCUUAGUUAAUAAUUUUUAAAUGGCCACAUUGUGUUCGCGCAUUUGUUGUAUAGUAAUUCCGUAAGUUUCACGCGAAAUUUUGGCAGUUAUUAACGCGUCGUUUAAGCACACGUACGAUACGGAAGAUUAAUAUGUGUGACUCGACGUGUAGUACAUAUGUCACCGGCCGGUAAUUUUGUGUUGACGUUAUAAGAUACGGGAUUUAUUUCGUUUGGAAUUAUUGUACGUUCCUCAACGUCAAUAUGGUAUCGUUAGUGAAAGCGAGAGGUUUGCGCAUGACAGGGCAGAAACAAGAGACGCUGCUAAAGUUGUCCGUGCUCUCUCUGGCAGCAAUCUUAUCAUUUGCAACACGUUUAUUCUCAGUGCUAAGAUUCGAAAGUGUUAUCCACGAGUUUGAUCCCUACUUCAAUUAUCGCACGACAAAGUAUCUAGCCGAAAAUGGAUUCUACAGCUUUCAUAACUGGUUCGAUGACCGUGUUUGGUAUCCGCUUGGCAGGAUAAUAGGAGGGACGAUUUAUCCUGGUCUGAUGGUCACCUCAGCGGCGCUGUAUCGUAUGUCAUGGUUGCUGAAUAUUACAUUGGACAUACGCAACAUCUGUGUCUUCCUUGCUCCAUUGUUCUCCAGUUUAACGACAAUUAUCACUUAUCUGCUUACCAAAGAGUUGAAGGAUUCUGCGUCAGGCCUAUUCGCAGCCGCGAUGAUCGCGAUUGUACCCGGAUACAUAUCUCGAUCAGUUGCCGGAUCUUACGACAAUGAGGGCAUAGCGAUCUUUUGUAUGCUAUUCACGUACUACAUGUGGAUCAAAGCUGUAAAAACGGGCGCUAUAUGUUGGGCAACGUGCUCCGCGCUGGCGUACUUCUACAUGGUGUCUUCGUGGGGUGGAUACGUCUUUCUGAUCAAUCUGAUCCCUCUGCACGUACUGACCUUAAUGGUGACCGGCAGAUUCUCCCAUAGGAUAUACAUCGCGUACAGUAUCUUGUACUGUUUAGGAACGAUUCUCUCCAUGCAGAUCUCGUUCGUUGGUUUUCAACCUGUCCAGAGCUCCGAGCACAUGCUUGCAUUGGGCGUUUUUGGCCUCUGCCAGAUACACGCGCUGGUGGAUUACUUGCGAAGCAAAUUGUCCCAGAAGGAGUUUGAAACACUGUUCCGUGCCCUCCUAAUUGUAGUAGUCACUAUAUCGGGUACAGUUGGUGCUGUUUUAACCAUCACAGGAAAAAUAUCACCAUGGACCGGCCGCUUUUACUCGCUGCUUGAUCCAUCCUACGCGAAAAAUCACAUUCCAAUAAUUGCUUCAGUUUCGGAACAUCAGCCGACGUCGUGGAGUUCCUUCUACUUUGAUCUACAAAUACUCGUGUUUUUGUUCCCGUCAGGCUUAUAUUUCUGUUUUUCUAAGUUAACGGACUCAAAUAUUUUCCUAAUUUUGUAUGGAGUUACCAGUUUAUACUUUGCUGGAGUGAUGGUACGUUUAAUGUUAGUACUCGCUCCAGUAAUGUGCAUCUUGGGUGGGAUUGCAGCUUCCUCUCUGUUAGUCACUUAUAUGAAACAAGUUGAAACUGGAAAGGUUGUCGAUAAGAAAGCCAAAAAGUUCGAAAGCAACUACGUCUUGAGGAGUGAAAUCGCCACAUUUUUCAUCGUGGUGAUGUGUAUACUCUUCUUUUCCUAUACUCUCCACUGCACAUGGGUUACGGCAGAAGCUUAUAGCUCGCCUAGCAUCGUAUUGUCUGCACGGUCGCCCGACGGUGGUCGGAUGAUUUUUGAUGAUUUUAGAGAAGCAUAUUACUGGCUGCGCAUGAAUACACCUGAGAAUGCUAAAGUGAUGUCCUGGUGGGAUUACGGCUAUCAGAUAACCGCAAUGGCGAAUCGUACCAUUCUAGUAGACAAUAACACAUGGAAUAACACGCACAUAUCAAGAGUCGGCCAGGCGAUGGCUAGUUCCGAGGAAAAGGCUUACGAAAUUAUGAGAGAGUUGGAUGUCAAUUACGUUCUCGUAAUUUUCGGUGGGCUCACCGGCUACUCUUCGGAUGACAUAAACAAGUUCCUAUGGAUGGUGCGCAUCGGCGGUAGCACGGAGAAAGGGAAAUCCAUAACCGAAUGGGACUAUUAUAACGCCGCGGGCGAAUUUCGAGUUGACAAGGAAGGAUCUCCAAUUUUGCUCAACUGUCUCAUGUACAAAAUGUGUUACUACAGAUUCGGCCAGGUUUACACCGAAGGCGGCAAACCGUCUGGUUACGACAGAGUAAGGAAUAUGGAGAUCGGAAACAAGGACUUCGAGUUGAACACAUUGGAAGAGGCGUACACGACUGAGCACUGGCUCGUGCGAAUUUACAAAGUGAAAGAUCUACGGAACAGAGGAGCUUAAAGUACUCGGAUGCAUCCAGUAUGGUCAAGAAUCUAUUGCCAUAUAAUUUGAUAAAUCUAUCGCUAUUCACGUUGAUUUUUUUCACGAACAAGUUUUUCGCGACAGCCGUCGUGAGAGACAUUUAGAAAAGUUUUAUAAACGAGAUAUAAAAGAUAAACGACAUGAAUCUAAGUGUCGCAACUUAUUGCAAGUUUGCAAUGGUAAUUUUGCAACAUACGUUCGGCGUAUAUUUCGGCGUACUGGUCUGCUGAGUCACAGUACUGGAUAACAUGACUUGGGACACCGUAUUCAUUUAUAAAUAUUAGUAUCUAUUCGUUAAGUAUAUGUAUAAGAGGGAAUAUAUGUUCUGUCACACAAAUAUUUCUCGCCUCCAAUAUCGCUGCAUUAUCGAGCAAAUAUAUUAUCGAAAGUAUUUUCAUUUGUACAAGAAUUAUGCGUAAAAUUAAUAUUUUGAGUAAAAAAUGUUCUUUAUAAAGUUUAUAUUAUAGUUUAUAUUAGUUUUUUUUUUACGAGAUAUGGUCAGGGACGUUUAAGUUUAACAUUACAUUAUUAACAGCGAUAAGUAAGAGUGCAAGAUACUUUAAAUUUAUCUAAAUGAAUUAACCGUACAUUACAGCCUAAUUAUAUCGAGGAACGAAGGGAAAACAAUGUAAUUAGAUUACAUUGUCUAGGCCAAUUGAGAUGUAUAAAUAUGAGAAUGAAUACAAGUAGGAGGCAUGUGUUUUAUAUUUUUUAUUCUAUAUAUUUAACAGACUGUAAAACCGCGUUAAAACUUAAGAAUUAGCAAAUACUUGAAUAAAUGUAUUUUAUUUCAAGGC